AAUCUUCAUGAGGCACUAAUUCUAAUGCACCUAGUCCGUCCAAAAAAAUCGCGGGUCACAAAGUUCACCUCAUCUUCACUCCCCACCAACGCACCCAUCACCGCCCGUCCACCCCACACUCGCAAUAAUGCCGCCCCAACGUCACGUAAAAGGCACCUACAAACCCAAAACCUCAUACAACACACGCACCAAGUCCGUCUCGACACUCAAAAAGAAGCUCCGCGACACACGGCGACUUCUCACACAGCCGUCUCUGUCCGCGCCCGUACGCGCUGACCACGAGCGCGCGCUCGCUGCCUACGAGCUUGAACUCUCCGUCGCAGCAAAGAGCCGCCGCGACUAUGAGAUCCGCAAGAAAUACCAGAUGGUCCGCUUCUUUGAACGGCAAAAAGCGACGCGCCGCGUGAAAAAGCUCGAGAAGGAACAUGCCGCGGGCGGGGACGUGAGCGAGGACCUGGAGGAUGCGAGGGUCGAGCUGAAUUACACGCUGUACUUCCCCGACGGCGAGAAGUACAUCUCGCUCUUCAAGGACCCGGGCGAUGCCGGUGGUGUCAAGGAGAAGCGUGACGAGAUCAAGAACGAUAUCAAGAGGAGGAUGGAGAAGGGGACUCUGGGCAGGUGGACUACCGGCGAUGAGGCGGGUGGUGAGGAGGAGGCGGUAGAGGAGCAGCAGGAGGAGGCCGUGGAGUCCGAGGAAUCGAUGCCCGAGAAGAAGAUACUGAAACCCAAGAAGUCGGAGAAGGCGAAGACACUGAAACCCGCGAAGCCGGAGAAGUCGGAGAAGCAGACUACGGAAAAAACACCUACAGAGAAGCCGAAAGAGAGGAAGGAGAAGAAGGAGAAGAAAGACGGCAGCAACAAGACAAAACGAAAGACAAACCCUGAGCUUGUUAAGGACACCAUCGAAAACGACGAUUUCUUCGAGUUUUAGUGGCAUGGGAGCGAUAAAAUCAUGCUUUGCAUUUACUACAGGAGUUUGGAGAAUUUUAU